AUGAAUAUCGGACGGUUUCAUCACACAGCAUCUACAUUAGCAGAUAAAUCAGUAUUAGUUGCUGGUGGGUAUAACGGUAGUGGUUAUCUCAAUAGUGCUGAAUUGUAUAAUACAUCAACAGGCACUUGGACAAUCACAGGAAGCAUGAGUAUCGCACGUGCUGUUCACACAGCAACCACGUUAGCAAAUGGAUCAGUAUUAGUUACUGGUGGACUCAACGGCGUUUUUCCUCUUAAUAGUGCUGAAUUGUACAAUCCAUCAACAGGCACUUGGACAAUCACAGGAAGCAUGAAUGUCACACGAGAUUGGUACGCAGCAUCCACAUUGGCAAAUGGAUCAGUAUUAGUUGUUGGUGGAUAUAGUGGUAGUGGUCCUGUUACUAGUGCUGAAUUGUACAAUCCAUCAACAGUUGCUGGUGGACGUAACAGCAGUAGUGGUUAUCUCAAUAGUGCUGAAUUGUACAAUCCAUCAACAGGUACUUGGACAAUCGCAGGAAGCAUGAGUAUCGCACGAGAAUAUCACACAGCAUCCACAUUAGCAAAUGGAUCAGUAUUAGUUACUGGUGGAUUGGGUGGCGGUCUCAGUAGUGCUGAACUUUAUUAG